GUCCGGUCGGGCUCCGGUAAAAUGUACGCUACCGGAGAUAGAAGGCAAGGCAAGGGAAGGCAAGCGAAAGGAAAGUGAAGGAAAGGAUCGUUAUCUCGACGUGCAGUGAGUUCUAGUUCUUGAGGGUUUUAGAAAUCGCAUGAUCUGAGGAGUAUCACCGGCAGGUACGAGGAGCACGAGAGAGGGAGAGAGGAGAGGAAGAAUUGGAAGGAGGAGGGACGAUCUUUGGGGAGAGAUUGUGGAGGCGAGGGUGCUGAGGUUUCGGGAGGGGGCGAUGGCGAAGAAGAGGAGGACGGGGGGAAGGAUUCGAGAAUGGUGGCAUGCAGUCGGCGAGCUGGUGGGUGGUGAGAGGACGAUUAGGCUGUGACGAGAAAGGAAGUGGGGAGAGACGAGAGGAAAAUCGGAUGGAGAGGAGGAGAAGGAGGAGUCCGGCGAUGGUGGAAACAGGGCACGGGUGAGAGUGAUGAUGAUGGUGAUAGGUGUAGAUAGCGAGAGAUGGAUGACAAGAGAAUUGGAAUUCUCUUGGGACGCUUGGUGGUCGGAAGAGUGCAAAUGGAGAAGGAUUGAUUGAUACUGGUCGGUGGUGGUUGUCCGACAGGGCAGGGCAGGCGUCUCAGAGGCGGAGAAAGUCUCGAUUCAGGAGCAAUAGCUGGUUUGAAUGGCAAUGGUAGGCAGGAUGGCCGGGGACAGGGAGCGGGCUUAUGCCCUGCUGAAUGACGCCAAAAUGCAGAACGAUUCGACUGCGAAGACAGAAAAUCUGAAGCAAUUGCUGGAGAUUCUGUUGAAUAGAGAGCCCUCGUUGAUACCGGAAUUUGUGCCCAAUCUGAUGGAUUUUCAAACCGAUCCUAGCAGCCCGGUGCUGAAGUAUUUAGCAGAGAUAAUAGAAGAAAUAGGUUUAAAGUCGUCGGAUCAGCUGCCAUUUAUGGUGCCAGUAUUAGUGGCUUUAUUACGGGAUAAUACCCCAGCAGUUGCACGACGAGCUAUAUCAAGCGGAACCAAUCUGUUUCGUAAUACACUUGAACAGGUUGCUCUUCAGGGGAUAUAUACUGGACAAGUCGAUGUUCGACUACAAGAAGCCUGGGCCUGGAUGAUAAGGUUCAAAGAUGCUGUGUAUCCUGCAGCCUAUCAUCACGGCAACGAUGGAGUACGGCUUCAGGCUAUAAAAUUUGUGGAAACCACAGUAUUACUUUUUACUCCCGAUUCAAAUGGUUCGGCUCGACCGCCCGCACAACAGCAGUACGUAGAUGGAACUGCUAAAGGAUUCAAUAUCGCCUGGAUAGCAGGGGGUCAUCCCGUGCUGGACCCGGGGGCUAUGGGUCAAGAGGCUAGCAAGAAUGUUGGCUCGCUGCUCAAUCAACUAAGACCGUUUGAAAGCUCUGCACUUCCGGGUCCUGUUGCGAUUGUGUUAGUUAACAGCCUGGCGGCGGUUGCCAAGCGAAGGCCAUCACUUUAUGGGCGUGUUCUUCCAGUGUUACUUGGUCUUGCUCCAAGUUGCGAGAACAUUAAGGGAGGACAAGUUGCAAGUGUCGUACAUGCAUUGAAGAACGCGUUCAUUUCACUCUUGAAAUGUCAGCACUCCGGAGCAGGGCCGUGGCGGGAUCGUUUAGUGGGAGCAUUACGAUCAAUGAAUGCAGGUGAUGUUGCCGAUUCGACAAUGAGAUCGAUCGACAGAGCGUUGCGGAAUGCUGAUAGGGAACGGGCCUCUCGAGAUCCUCGAGCAGUAAAGGAUGAGAGAAUGCAACCUGCUGGUCAAGUUGCGGAUGUUGCCCGGAAGAGGCCUGUCAUGCAAGAGAAUGGGAAUCUGUUGGGGGAGUCGGAAAGUAGCAAUGGUAAACGUUUACGAGUGACACACCAUUCAGGAGCUGUGAUGAAUAUGCAGCGGGACAUGCCUAACAAUGCUAUGGAUACAGGGGCACCUCCGGCCACACCCGUGCCGAUGGAUACAGGCCUCACCCCCAUACAACAAAUGAUUUCGAUGAUUGGGGCUUUAGUUGCCCAAGGAGAAAGAGCCGCUGCUUCAGUAGAGUUGUUGAUAACAAAUAUUGCUGCAGACAUGUUAGCGGAUAUUGUGAUAGCCAACAUGACUCAUCUUCCCUCCACUCCACCACCCGUAGAAGAGGUAAGUGCCGGAGGGGAAAGUCGUGCUGUUGGAAAUAUAGUAUCUAUUCUUUCUCCUACUCCAGAGCUUGCAGCAUCCCCAGCAAUGUCUACAGUUUUAGCACCUCCUCCGCUACAAGCAGCUCCGACAUAUGUGGCUCCUCCAGUUAUUGUGACUCCACCCUUAGCUCCUCCCACGGUAGUGGUUCCGCCAGUGUUGGCUCCUCCAGUCCUCCCAGUUUUGAUAUCUCCUUUAGUUGUUCCUCCGGCUGCAGAAACACUCAAUCCUCAAAGUUCAGCUGAAGCUCGAAGAGAUCCUCGGAGACAAGAUCCUCGUCGACUGGACCCACGUCGUUCAUCUGCUCCAGGGGUUUCUCCUAGUGCAAAGGAUGAAGAUACCACUAUGACAGGAAGUCCAGUGGCAGAAAAUGAGCUUGUGAAUCAUUUAGUUGAUGUGAAACGAGAACCAUUGGCGCCAGUUAUGAGAGAUCCGAGGGAAGUCUCACCGGUCCUUCCCUCACCAGUGGGACUGUCUGCACCAAUUCUUGCACAGGUGAAAGCAGAGCCUGUCGAAGAGAAGCCUUCUUCUGCUGGUACUAGACCUUUGUCACCACCUGCUGCGUCAGUAAGUGUACCGCUUGCUCCUCCGCAACCGGUACCUUUGGUAGCCUCUGUGAAGACUGAGCACCCUGCAGUAGUUUUACCUCCUUUUAGCUCACCAACAUCAGGUGCUGCUCCCGCUCCUACCAUCUCUAAAGACGGGCGAGCUGGGACUUCAAUGUCGUCAUCUGGAUUAGGAGGAGGUAUGGGUUCAGCAGGUAUUCCGGUCAAUGUUCCGGUGCCCACCUUACCUGUCAUUUCACUCACAGAAGAGCAGCAGGUUGCACUUGGGAAGGCAGCUCUCGUCCGUAUUUUGGAGGGGCACAAAACAAUAUCUGCCGCUGGAGGAAAUGGCUUGAGGAUUGCCUUACUUGCUCGACUGGUGGCACAGUCAUGUGAAGAUGAACAAGCUGUCGAAGUUGUGCGUAAACAUAUACUUGCUGAUUAUCAAAAUCAUAAGGGUCACGAAUUAGCUCUACAUGUACUCUAUCAAUUGUACGCUGAACAGGCAUCAGAAGAGGGAACUUCAUCUGCUUCUUCUUCUCCAAUAUCUUUGGCAUAUGAUAAACUUCUCCUGUCUUUGGCUCAAGGGUUGAGGGACACUUUGCCUCCUGCAGACAAAGCCCUAAGCAGAUUGUUGGCUGAGGUGCCAGUGUUACCUAUGACAGCCUUGGACCUACUUCAGGGAUUAUGUAAUCCCGCUCUUCCAACUAAAGAUGGCAAGGAACCACUAGGUGGUGACCGGAUAACACAAGGUCUCAGUGCCAUUUGGAGUCUAAUUCUGCAGAGGCCACCUGCACGAGAAACUUGCCUUAAAUUGGCUUUGCAGUGUGCUGUCCACGAAGUCGAUGACAUUCGAGCGAAGGCUAUCCGUCUGGUGGCGAAUAAAUUGUACCCCCUUAGCUAUGUUGCAGACAGCAUCGAAGGAUUUGCUCUAGACAUGCUCCAAUCUGUGGUCGAGUCAAGGCAAACACCUGUAGAUGGAGUUGCAAAAGAUCCCAUGGAUGUGGAUGAAGGGGAACCUUCGUUACCACAAGUGAAAAAGGAGGAAGAAGAGCGUGAGCAAUCCUCUAAUGGUGACCAGAGACUGGUUCAGGGUUCAGAUGAAGUAUCAAUAAAUGAAUCCGGUGGUCGAAAUGUACACCAAAGCAGUAGUGGCACUGUUUCCAUGACUGAGGCCCAACGAUGCAUGUCACUCUUUUUUGCACUCUGCACUAAGAAACACUCACUACUACGCCAACUCUUUUCAGUGUACGGUCAUGUAUCUAAAACUGUCAAACAGGCAGUACAUCGCCAUAUACCUAUUCUUUUUCGGACUAUUGGCUCGUCAUCAGCAGAGCUGCUGCAAAUUAUAUCUGACCCACCCGCCGGAAGUGAACAUCUCCUUCUACAAGUUCUUCACAGUCUUACUGAGGGUAGCACUCCUUCUCAGGAGCUCAUCGCCACUGUUAAAAAGUUAUACGAGACUAAGCUGCAGGAUGCAGUGUUUCUAAUCCCUGUAUUGUCCUCCUUAACGAAAGAUGAGGUGUUGCCAAUUUUCCCUCGCUUGGUAGAUUUACCUCCUGAAAAAUUUCAGACAGCACUGGCCCGCAUCCUACAGGGAUCUGCGCACACUGGCCCAGCUUUGACACCUACAGAAGUGCUCAUUGCCCUUCAUGGGAUCGAUCCGAACAAGGACUCUGUUCCGUUGAAAAAGGUGAUGGAUGCUUGUUCGGCUUGUUUACAACAACGUACAGUUUUCACCCAUCAAGUUUUGGCCAAAGUUUUGAAUCAACUGGUCGAGCAAACUCCUCUUCCUCUACUAUUCAUGAGGACUGUUAUUCAAGCCGUUGGAGCCUUUCCCUCGCUGGUCAGCUUUGUGAUGGAGAUCUUGUCUCGUCUUGUUAACAAACAGAUUUGGAAGUUCCCUAAGCUAUGGAUUGGCUUCCUGAAGUGUGCGAACCAGACUGUACCGAACUCCUUUCACGUCUUAUUGCAGUUACCCCUCGUUCAGCUCGAGGAUGCAUUCACGAAGCAUCCGAAUUUGAAGGGCCCUCUUGCUACUCAUGCAAGCCAGCCCAACAUUCGCUCCACCGUUCCCAGGUCAUCGCUGGUUCUCUUGGGCUUGGCCGCGCAAGAUGAGUCAAAUGCUACUCCGCCGCAGUCGCUUCCAGAGGGUUCAGCUGUAGAGAUGCAGGUGAAACAUUAGGAGGCGGCCUUGCCUAGCCAGCCAUGUAUUAUAUUAGUUGGUUGUGGGUUGCACAUGGUAUAAUCAGGCUCUGUCUGGAGUUAGCCAGCAAUGUUCUUAACAUUGAAUCACAUUGUUCAAAAUUCUAGCAGAUUGCUGGGGCCCAGCCUUUGAAAGCGCACACAAACACACACAUACACACCCGUCUGUGGGGAAGCUUAGCUGUGUCAGCACCCUUUGUAGGCUUAGCA